AUGGCAAGAAUUAGAGGCAGAGCAGGGUAUAAACCACGCCCUUGUAACAAAACAGAGGUUUUGCAAUGGCUUAAAACCCUCCCUUUAGCCCCUGAAUUUCGUCCAACCCUCGAAGAAUUUGAGGACCCAAUUGCUUAUAUUCAUAAAAUUGAGAAAGAAGCUUGUGUGUAUGGUAUAUGUAAAAUUAUACCCCCUGUCUCAUUGCCCUUGAUGAAAAGUACUUUUUUUCAACUUAAUAAGUCUUUGGUGGCUUGUUCUGCCACCCCGGAAGGCGAAUUAAGGCCUACGUUCACUACCCGGGUGCAACAAGUUGGUUCUUGCCCAGAAAAAGGGCACCCUGUGAUUAAGUCUGUGAGGGAGAGUGGGAAAAGUUACACUGUUGAGGAAUUUGAAGCAAAGGCCAAGUGUUUCGAGAAAGAUUAUUUCAAGAAAAGUUCGAUUGAUAAGGGGGCUUUAGGUCCUCUGGAAAUCGAAAGCCUUUAUUGGAAUGCUAGUGCUGAUAAACCCUUUGAGGUUGAGUAUGCGAAUGACAUGCACAUAUCAGCUUUUGUGGAGUUGGAAAAGCGGAGGGGAGGAGAUGGAUUGAGUGAUGAUUUGAAUGUGGGAGAUACGGAUUGGAAUUUGAGGGGUGCGGCCAGGUCCAGAAGGUGUUUGCUGAAGUUUGUGAAGGAUGAUAUCCCUGGGGUUACAUCCCCAAUGGUGUAUAUAGGAAUGUUAUUUAGCUGGUUUGCGUGGCACGUGGAGGAUCAUGACCUGCACAGCCUCAAUUAUAUGCACACCGGUAAUAGGAAGACCUGGUAUGGAGUGCCUCAGCAUGCAGCAGCCGCUUUUGAGGAUGUGAUCCGUAAUCACGGAUAUAAUGGAGAGAUGAAUCCUAUCUUGUGUUAUGCUACUCUUGGUCAAAAGACCACCGUCCUGUCUCCAGAAUUAAUUGUAAACGCAGGCAUACCAUGCUGCAGGUUGGUACAAAAUCCAGGAGAAUUCGUAGUCACUUUUCCAAGGGCUUACCACUCAGGAUUCAGUCAUGGAUUCAACUGUGCGGAAGCUUCAAAGAUUGCAACUCCUGAAUGGUUGCGGUUUGCAAGAGAAGCUGAAAUGCGCAGGGCUGCUAUAAACUCUCCUCCAUUAAUUUCCCACAUCCAAUUGCUUUAUGAUCUUGCGCUGUCAUUCUCUUCAAGAGGACCAGCGAGCAUGGAAACAAGAAGUUCUGGAUUAGAAGAGAAGAAGAAAGGUGAAGGGGAAAGGCUGGUGAAGGAGCUCUUUCUGCAAGAUGUGAAGCAUGAUAUCAGCCUGCUUCACAGUCUUGGGAAAGGAUCUGCAGCUAUCCUUUUUCCCCGUGAUUUUAUCGUUGGAAAUUUUCCUGAAUUGCGUGAUGGACUUUUCCCAUGUUUAGCUUGUGGGGUUUUAUGUUUUGCUUGUGCUGCAAUCAUAAAACCUGGUGAAGUAGAUGUUCACAAUCUCAUGCUAGCUGAUUUUGGCAAUAUUGGAGGUAGUGGUGUUGCUUCUGACAUUGCUGCUAGUAAUUGGUGGUUUCGUUCUGCCGGAUCUGCCAAGAAUGCUGUGCUGGAUUCUGGUUUAGGGCCGAUGGGAGCUUCCUGUAGUAGUAGACCACCCAAGGAUAUAUCCUCACUUGCUCUUAUAGCUUUGAAUUAUGAGGAUGCUUCCGACUCUGAAACUGAAGCGAGAGAGUUUUCCCCAGUAUCUGACCUUGCUGAGGAUUCCUUUCCAUCACAUGUCUUCUGUCUUCAGCAUGCUUUUGAAGUUAAACAGAAACUGGAUGCGCUUGGGGGCAUGCACAUGUUACUCCUUUGUCAUCCAGAUUAUCCCAAGUUUCUGGCUGAAGCAAAACUAGUGGCUGAUGAACUGGGAGCAGAACAGAUUUCGAGCGAUAUUUCCUUCAGGACAGCCACUGAAGAAGACAAGGAAAGAAUCAAAUCAGCUGUAGAUAGUGAAGGGUCCAAUCUUUCUUUCAGUGCCAACCCAAUUCCAAAAUUAAAGAGAAAGGGUAUGGAUGAUCUUGAGCCAGCCCAAAGAAGCAAGUUUCCAAGGGUUGAAGAGUCAACCGAGGCGACAGACCAGGAACAGGUUAGAGUAUCCGAAAAUUUACCUAAGCCACCAGAACCUUUUGUAGUGCCCGGCAAUUUAUAUAGAACAACUGAUUUGGCCUCCGGGAGUAGAAAAGACAAAUGUAUUAUACAAUACAAGAGGACUUACAAAAAUAAGUCCAAGGUAAAGCCGAUCCAGGAGGAGACUCCCCAUGACCAGGGCACUGAUAUUUUGGAAGGUGGGCCGAGCACUAGACUCAGGCCAAGAAAGUUAAAUCAGCCUCCAAAGGACCCGAAACAUGUUUCACACAAAGUUGUAGCAAAAGAUGAACUGAAGACAUCCAGUAACAGAGGAAAAUCGGCUUCUGGAAUUCAAGCAUCAGCUGGUAGCAGCUCCAAAAAAGCAGAGGCAAAGUAUUCAUGUGAAGUAUGCAUGAUGAACGUUGGCUCCAAAAAAGAGCUGGGGCUCCAUGAAAAAAAUAUCUGCUCGGUCAAGGGGUGCGGAAAGAAGUUUGCAUCGCACAAAUAUCUGAUCCACCAUCAGAAGGUGCAUCGUGAGGACCGCCCCCUACAAUGCACUUGGGAAGGCUGCACCAAGACGUUUAAAUGGGCUUGGGCUCGGACGGAACAUAUCAGAGUUCAUACAGGUGACCGUCCAUAUACCUGUGCUGAGACUGGCUGUGGCAAAACAUUUCGCUUUGUGUCAGAUUUCAGUCGCCACAGGAGGAAGACCGGACACUCAGGGUAG